AUGGACCGGAAACGCACCCGGCCGCUCUCCAGCUCCUCGGUUUUGCUCUUCCUCCUCGUCCCCUCCGCCUUGGCCGUGGAGGCUGACUUUUCUCUUUUCCCCAAAGUUGCGCAGUCGUGCCUCAUCUCCGCCUUGACAUGGUCCAAGUGCUCUGGUGCCGAUACUCGAGCCCUCAACGCGUGCCUCUGUAGCAACGGCGGCAACUUCAUCAUCAGCUCCUCACAAUGUCUCGGCAAGUGGGCCAAGUCCGAACUGCCGGCAGUGUACAUCACCAUGUCUGAGGCUUGUGCCAACUCGUCGACCCCUUUAAGCAUCAGCCAGCGAGCCUUCUUCGAUGCGGCCAAUGCCAGGAGCAAGACGACGACGAGCCCAUCCGCGACCUCGGCUGAAACUGAAACCUCGACUAGCUCAGACCCGUCGGCAACUACUUCCUCUCAAGCAGGCACGGAAACUGAGGAUACGUCAAGCGGCAUUUCCAAGGGGACCAUCAUCGCCAUCUCGGUCUGUGCAGCUGCCGCUGGCCUUGCAGUUAUCGGGGGGUUGGUCGUGUUUCUGGUUCGCAAACGCAAAAGACGGGCAGAAUGCAUCGCUCAACCCGUUCCUGGCCAGGAGGAUGGCGACAACCACAAGACAGACAACCCAACUACAUUCCCUCCCAACGAGCCUCUGUCUGGCUUGAGCGACUUGACAUCGUACAAGGAGCAUGCAUGGACGUCGAGUCCUUCGCCGGGAUAUUCGAAUGGGAAUAGCCAGGUCAAGGGCACUGGACCGUAUGCGGCUUCUCCCCAUGAGCUUCCGCCGGUGUGGCCGGACCAGUCUACAAGUACUCUGGCUUCCACCACUCGAGGACCUGUUUUCGAAAUGGAUGCAACAAGUGCGCCUGCGCGUGCUUGUUACCUAGCGGAGAUGGAGGGUUCGCAGCCCCCGAGGCGUUUUGAGUUGUCGUGCUCAAGAUGA